CCGCCUCCGCGCUCGCCGGCGCCCUGCUGGGCUCCCCAUGACGCGAGGCCGCCCGGCGGACAGCGUGGCAUGAGCCAGGAGCCCGGGCCGAGAACAGUGCGAGGAGGAAGAUGUCGAGCCCGGGCGUCGAUGGCGACCCCAAGCCUCCAUGCCUGCCUCGGAACGGUCUGGUGAAGCUGCCCGGCCAGCCCAACGGCCUGGGCGCGGCCAGCAUCACCAAGGGAACGCCGGCUGCCAAGAACCGCCCCUGCCCGCCCCCACCCCCUCCCACCCUCCCGCCACCCAGCCUGGCAGCCCCGCUGUCCCGGGCCGCUCUGGCUGGGGGCCCCUGUCCCCCGGCAGGUGGGCCGGCCUCAGCCCCCGUGCCCGGACCCCCAGCCGAGCGGCCGCCGCUGGCCACGGACGAGAAGAUCCUCAAUGGCCUCUUCUGGUACUUCUCGGCCUGCGAGAAGUGCGUGCUGGCCCAGGUGUGCAGGGCCUGGCGGAGGGUGCUGUACCAGCCCAAGUUCUGGGCAGGCCUCACGCCCGUGCUGCACGCCAAGGAGCUCUACAACGUGCUGCCCGGCGGGGAGAAGGAGUUCGUGAACAUGCAGGGCUUUGCCGCCAGGGGCUUUGAGGGCUUCUGCCUGGUGGGUGUCUCGGACCUGGACAUCUGCGAGUUCAUCGACCACUACGCGCUCUCCAAGAAGGGGGUCACGGCCAUGAGCCUCAAGCGCUCCACCAUCACCGACGCCGGCCUCGAGGUGAUGCUGGAGCAGAUGCAGGGCGUGGUGCGCCUGGAGCUGUCCGGCUGCAACGACUUCACAGAGGCGGGGCUGUGGUCCAGCCUCAGCGCGCGCAUCACCUCGCUGAGCGUCAGCGACUGCAUCAACGUGGCGGACGACGCCAUCGCCGCCAUCUCGCAGCUGCUGCCCAACCUGGCCGAGCUGAGCCUGCAGGCCUACCACGUGACGGACACGGCGCUGGCCUACUUCACGGCGCGCCAGGGCCACAGCACGCACACGCUGCGCCUGCUCUCCUGCUGGGAGAUCACCAACCACGGCGUGGUCAACGUGGUGCACAGCCUGCCCAACCUCACGGCGCUCAGCCUGUCCGGCUGCUCCAAGGUCACGGACGACGGCGUGGAGCUCGUGGCCGAAAACCUGCGCAAGCUGCGCAGCCUCGACCUCUCGUGGUGCCCGCGCAUCACCGACAUGGCGCUGGAGUACGUGGCCUGCGACCUGCACCGCCUGGAGGAGCUGGUGCUGGACAGGUGCGUGCGCAUCACGGACACCGGCCUCAGCUAUCUGUCCACCAUGUCGUCCCUCCGCAGCCUCUACCUGCGAUGGUGCUGCCAGGUGCAGGACUUCGGGCUGAAGCACCUCCUGGCCAUGAGGAGCCUGCGCCUCCUGUCUUUGGCAGGCUGCCCGCUGCUCACCGCCGCGGGGCUGUCGGGCCUGGCGCAGCUGCAGGAGCUGGAGGAGCUGGAGCUGACCAACUGCCCUGGGGCCACGCCCGAGCUCUUCCAGUACUUCUCGCAGCACCUGCCCCGCUGCCUGGUCAUCGAAUAG